AUGGGUAAGCUGCACACUUCGAGUAAAGCUGAUACCAGGGCUGCUCACGAUCAUCCGGAAGAACAAGGCGAAGGCGCGCGAGAUGCGUGUUCUGUUUCUACGACGAUCCUGAAACGCCUGACGGGCGGCGACGUGCGCGAAGUCUCGCCAACACUCGGCUUCAACAUCACAACGCUAGUGCGCACAAUCGGGUCGACAGCGGGAGCGACGAACGCUGCCGCCGCUUCGGCCGGCUCGAGCUCGGCGCCGACACCAGUCGAAGGCGCAGGGGACACCUACACGCUGAACGUGUGGGACGUGGGCGGACAGAGGACGCUACGCCCGUACUGGCGGAACUACUUCGAGUCAACUGACGCGGUGGUGUGGGUCGCCGACUCGUCAGACACGUUGCGGCUGGACGACUGCUCGAGCGAGCUGCGGCAGCUGCUCUCCGAACAGCGCCUGGCGGGGUGCACGCUGCUCGUGCUCGCGAACAAGCAGGAUCUGGCGGGCUCUCUCUCCAUGGAGCAGGUACGCGACCAGCUCCACCUCGACGGAAUCGAGAGCCAUACCUGGCGCAUUCUGCCUUGCUCGGCCAUCACGGGCGAGGGGCUCGACGGCGCCAUGGACUGGGUCACGGCCGAGGUCGCGAGCAGGCUGUACUAUGGCGGACGGAGCGCUGCGAAUCCAGGCGUGAUUAAGGAGGAAGCGCGAGAAACGCGCGCAAAGGACGAGAUCGCGACGCAGGUCGAAACCCCGGACCAGGCCGUGGACACGAGGGCGGUCGCGACGGCGGCGUGA